AUGGCCCUUUAUGAGCUCGUUGACAUCGGGGCCAAUUUAUGCCACCCUUCUUAUGAAAAUGAUCUCGAUGAAGUUUUGCAACGAGCCAAGCAAGCCGGAGUGCAGAAAAUCAUGGUGACUGGAACUAGCGAGAAAAAUAGCGAAGAUUGUGGAAAGCUAGUUCAACAAUAUCCUGGAUUUCUUUAUUUUACUGCAGGUAAGUAUGAGCACCUCAAAAUUCUGGCAGUGACGCUCUAUCGCAGUCCCACGUGAAAACCCGACCGCGGCACUGAAUUCACGUGGAGAGCGGGUAAAGCGCGAUUUCCAGAGACUUCUGCGGCUGCAAUAAUAAUAGUUUCACACGGCGUGCUGAAGCAUGUAUGCAAAAAUAAAAUUUUGAUUUUGCGGGAAAAAUCGCUCGUUGCCAAGGCCCUUUCGGGUGAUGAACCCAGUUGCUGGGCAAAGAGACUACUCGUUGGACAACCGGAUCCUUUCACUGUGUUUAGACGAAUACCAAUUACACUUUAUUGCCAAUGGGACUUAGGAUCCAUUUCUCAUGAAGGUAGAUGUGGGCGUCCAGAGAAGAAGAAGGUCGAGUGGAGAACCAAACGGGCAAAACUUGGAACUCCCCAUCAGAACCCGGGUCGUUGCCAGUGGCAACUUGCCACGUUGACCUCGACCCCGUGUGUGAGAAUCUUCCAGAAGGUCGAUAACGUGGAGGUCAAUGGGGUGCUUAUCAGAGGGUAACACGUUCCCCGACUGACACCGAAUUGGGACGUGUAAAGACGAAGGGUUGAGAUCCUCAACUUGAGGAAGGGAUGGAUGACUAGCACAUACGCUUCAACUCGCCGUGUUUCAAAUAUCCCACUGAAUGUCUUUUUCAGGUGUCCAUCCCCACAAUGCAAAAGACUGGAAUGCUGGAACAUUAAAAACUUUGAAAACUCUUCAUGUAAGAUUUUUUCUAAAAUGUAAAAAAUUGCCCUUUUUCACCGGUCUACGCUUUUAAGGAGGCUACGCCGAACCACAACUAUCCCAAAUCAGAACUAUUCGAAUCUGAAUUGUUCGUAAUAAAAAAACCACGCGCAGAUAGGUUUUGUUCGGGACAGUUCUGAUCCGGGGCAGUGCCACAGAACAGUGCCCCGGGGGCACUGUUCUGAUUCGGGACAGUUCUGGUUCCACGUACCCUCUUUUUAAGGAUAACCCCAACUGUGUGGCAGUCGGGGAAUGUGGUCUCGACUUCAAUCGAAAUUUUUCUCCACAAGAAGUUCAAAUCGAUGUGUUCGCAAAACAAAUCGAUCUAGCUAUUAAUCUGCAAAAACCUCUCUUCAUACACGAACGGGAUGCGCACGAAGAAAUGGUGAAAGCGCUUGACCGUGCUGGAUCCUCGUAUGUUUUCCUUCCGAAUAAAGCUGAUAUUAAUAGAAAAACAUGCUUCCAGGCUACCACCUGCAGUAAUUCAUUGUUUCACAGGCACUAUUGACGAAGCCAAAAAGUAUAUAGAGAUGGGGCUAUACAUCGGCCUUACAGGUCUGAAAAGAAACUCUUUUGGAAGUUUUUAUCAAUCAAUCUGCUCAGGUUAUCUAUGGAAGGACAGGACUACAAAUGGCGUUCAAGCAGGUCUUCGAUCUGGGGAAAUUCCUGUGGAAAACUUGUUGCUAGAAACUGACGCGCCAUACAUGUACCCCAAAAUUAACGAUAAGAAACUGUCGAAGAACAUCAAGAUUGAAUUUUCGCCAGUAACUGAGGCACUCCAUAAAGUGAGAACUUGUUUCUUAUUAUUGUUUUUUUUCAUGCGAGGCUUGUCUACAGGGCUCAAGCUUUUGAAAAUAGUAGUAAUUUGGCUGAAAACACGAUCAUUGUGCUAACAGCGCUGAUUUUCUUCUUAUUUUUGAAAAAAAUGAAUUAUUAUAGGGGCACCGCACAGAAAUGGCGCUCUAUUCAGAAACUCUUUUUGCAGUGCAAAUUGAGCGACCUCGGGGCCGAGUUUGAAAAGUUAGGCCACGUUUUCAGUGGAAAAUUACUUCGCGGCCCAGAAAUUCUGCCAGAUUGCGAACAGCGCGCCAUUUCUGUGAGAUGCCCCUAUAAUAAUGAGGCUUGUAAGCUGGUCGAACAGACGCCUGAAAAAACACUCUGGGAACUCGAUCGCAAUCUAAUUAGAAAACUUUGCAAUCUAAUACGAACUCGUUUGAAAUAGAAUUUGCUUCAAUUCGAUUGCAAAAUCUUCUAAUUAGAUUGCAAUCACUGCAAUUUUUCUAAUUAGAUUGCAAUUUUUCUUAUUAGAUUGCAAUUCAGGAAAAAUAUAUUGUAAUGUAAUACGAUUUACUGGAACUUCAAUUAAAUCUGAUUAGAUUGCGAAAUAGAGCGUUUUCUUAUUAGAUUGCAAACUCUUCUAAUUAAAUUGCAAUCGAGUUUCCAGGGCAGGCGCAGGCGCCUGAAAUCGCCUGUUAGACCAGCCUAGAGACUUUAAUUCAAUAAAAGGGGCGUGACCUCAGCUGAGACGCGUAUUUAGAAAACUUCAGCAAAUGCAGCACUUUUUCGCCAUUUUUUUGUUAAAUAUCCAUGAAAAACGAUAUUUGAGGGAGGAAAACGACGCAAUUUUCGUGAGAACGCAACUUUCGAAACGUUUUUUGCCUAAUGGGGCUAUUCAGCGUAUGUUUGUUUUCCGUUUUUUUACAUCGCUGAAUUGGAUUUUUUGACGUAAAAAACGAAAAAACGGAAAACAAUCAUUUUUUCACAGCAUGAAUAGCCCCAUAAUCCGCUUCCCGCAGAACUUACUGAAAUUCGAGCAAUCAGCACUUGUUAUAAGUAAAAAUGGUGUUUUCAGCUGAAUCACCUGUAAAAAAAUUAAUAAAAUACUUAGUACAAUUUCAUUCAGUUUUCAUCGUUCAAUCGAAAUGAGCCCUCCUCUCUUGCGGCAGUGUGUGAGUUGGUUGCUGCGUUCUCCGGACGAGAUGCUAAGGACAUUGCGAGAAUAACGACCAACAACGCCAAGAAAGUGUAUAAACUGGAAUAA